AUGCAGAUUCGGGCGCAAGAGCUGCAUGACAUGGCAGCCGCUGCCAAGGCGAGACGCAGCCAGAAGACGCAACCGCCAGAGCCACAUGAGGGAGGAGACGGGCACCCGACAGAAGAUCAGCGGAAGAAGCGGUUAGAGGCAGCCUCCUACGGUGUUGAUGAGCGAGAGACUGCCAUGGCGGAGAAGGGCAAGAUUCGCUUGGCCGCCGACGAGGUCGAGCCAGACGGUCCCGACGACGUCUUCGAUUAUGACAGGGACCUGGAGCCACAGCAGGACGGGCCGCCAGAAGCCCGAGUGGGUAUUGCAUCAUACGUUCUCAUGAAGCAAGUGCACCAUUAG